GAUCACUCAGAGGUCACGCGAGCGGCGGGCAGGCCGGGGGCGCUGCCCCCACCCCCCGGGCGGGCUAGGACGCUCAGCUAGGGCGCCCUCUGCGACCCGGCGGCGGGCGGAAGUGCGCGGCCGGAAGUGCGUCAUCCAGCGGCGCCCACACGAUGCGUCGAAAGCCGCUGGGAGGAAAGCACGGGGCGGCCAUGGCGUCCAGCGGGGUCGGCGUGAGCGCCGCAGCCGGGGCAGGCGACGGCACGGACAUGCCGGACAACGUGUGUGACUGGCUGCGGGGCGUCUACCGCUUCGCCACCGAUAGGAACGACUUCCGGAGGAACUUGAUCCUUAAUUUGGGACUUUUUGCUGCUGGAGUUUGGCUGGCCAGGAACUUGAGCGACAUUGAUUUAAUGGCACCUCAGCCUGGGCUGUAACCAAGAGGCACAUGGAAUUCCUGUAGAACCUUCCAAAGACAGCUCUACUCUGGCUUUCCUGAUGGCAGCUGAUGUGAUUCAGAGGGACCUUCCCAAUUUCCUCCUCUUCCACGAGUCCAGUCAGAACUCCGUCCUCUUGGCAGCAUUCAGGCUUCAGUUGCUGUGUUAACCUGUUUUGUGAAGUUCUGUAAUAGUCCCCAAGUUUCUGGAGGGGUGCACUUUGAUCUGAUCUUGGAUCUUAUGUAUGGUAUUUAAACAAUAUUUGAAAUAAAGACUGCAUAGACAACCA